GUGUUCUGUAGUAAUCCUGUUUUGAAUGUCGUUAUUGACAUACACUGGAGUUUGCUGCAGCUCUUCUCUCUCCUCUGAGUCUUUAUCGAUAUCCCUCUGCCACAUAGCCCGCGGAGAAAGUCCUCAGGUACCUUUUACUGUUGGGGGGCAUGGAACCUCUGCGGAAGGAGGCGCAGGAUAAUCCGUCGGCUUCAGCUAAUCUUCUCUCCAAGAUUUUCUUCUGUUGGCUGAAUCCCUUGUUCAGAAUCGGGUACAAGAGGAAGUUGCAGGAAGAUGACAUGUAUGAAAUUCUCCCAGAGGACGGAUCCGAUAGACUUGGGGAGGAGCUGCAAUGGUAUUGGAACAGAGAGGUUCAAAAGGCAGCAAAAGAUCUGCGCCCCCCUGGACUUGCCAAAGUUCUUGUUCAGUGCUAUUGGAGAUCAUACUCACUCAUUGGAAUAUACAUCUUUAUAGAGGAAGUCAUCAAAGUCAUUCAGCCGGUGCUACUUGGAAAGAUAAUUGAGUACUUUGAGAGUUAUGACCCCACCAACACAGCUGCGGUCUAUGAGGCCUACAGCUAUGCCGCAGCCAUCUCCCUGUCAACCAUUUGCCUGGCCGUCCUUCAUCAUCUCUAUUUCUACCAUGUCCAGCGAGCAGGCAUGAAGAUUCGCGUGGCCAUGUGCCACAUGAUCUAUCGGAAGGCUCUUUGUCUUAACAGCGAAGCACUGACCAAAACUACCACAGGACAAAUUGUAAACCUCUUGUCCAAUGAUGUCAACAAAUUUGAUGAGGUCACCUUAUAUUUGCAUUUCUUGUGGAUUGGUCCUCUACAAGCAGCCACUGUAAUAAUAUUGUUGAUGUAUGUGAUUGGCCCAUCAUGCCUUGCGGGAAUGGUCGUCUUCUUUAUCCUGAUGCCAAUACAGACUAUGUUCGGACGCUUGUUCUCUCGUCUCAGGGCCGAAACAGCAGUCUUAACAGAUGAUAGAAUACGCACUAUGAAUGAAGUCAUCGCUGGGAUCCGCGUUAUAAAGAUGUAUGGGUGGGAGAAGCCUUUCGCUGCAUUGGUGGAUGAGGUCAGAAGAAUGGAAAUCUCCAAGAUCAUGAAAAGCUCCUACCUGCGUGGCUUGAACAUGGCGUCUUUCUUUGUCGCCAGCAAGAUCAUCAUCUUCAUCACCGUCUGUAUCUACGUUCUGACAGGAAACACGUUGAGUGCUAGCAGAGUGUUUAUGGCAGUUUCCCUCUACGGUGCGGUCAGACUCACCAUCACACUCUUCUUUCCCCUUGCCAUAGAGAAGGUCUCUGAGUCUCUCAUCAGCACAAGAAGGAUUAAAAAUUUUCUUCUGCUGGAUGAAGUUGCUCCUGAGCAUCAGGGGCUUACUGUAACAGAGAAGGACUGUAUGGUGAAUAUUCAGGAUUUAAUAUGCUACUGGGAUAAGAUGCUAGAGACUCCAACUUUACAGAACGUGUCUUUUACCGUGAGGCCAGAGCAGCUCCUGGCCAUAAUUGGACCUGUUGGAGCUGGAAAGUCCUCACUCCUCAGUGCCAUCCUAGGAGAACUGAGUCAGUCAAGUGGUGUGGUCAAGGUCAAAGGAGAGCUGACAUACACUUCUCAGCAGCCCUGGAUUUUACCUGGUACGAUUCGAAGCAACAUCCUUUUUGGCAAAGAGCUCAACCCUCAGAAGUAUGAUAGAGUCCUGAGAGCCUGCGCCCUCAAGAGAGACAUGGACCUUUUGCCAGGUGGUGACUUGACAAUGGUCGGGGACAGAGGGGCCAACCUAAGUGGAGGACAGAAAGCAAGGGUCAGCUUAGCAAGAGCAGUGUAUCGGGAUGCAGAUAUCUACUUGCUGGAUGACCCACUCAGCGCCGUGGAUGCUGAAGUGGGAAGGCACCUCUUUGAAGAGUGCAUUUGUGGACUUUUGAGGAAGAAGCCUCGUAUUCUGGUUACUCAUCAGCUACAGUAUCUGAAGGCUGCAGAUCAAAUCAUUGUCUUGAAGGAGGGUCAGAUGGUGGCAUGUGGGACCUACAGUGAGUUGCAGGGCUCUGGACUAGACUUCACCUCCCUGCUUAAGGAGAAGGAGGGCCAGGAGGAGGAUAUGCAGGGCACGACACCCAUCCCUGGGUCUGUCUCCCGCUGCCCCCAUACGCUCUCUGACAACUCACUGUCCUCUAUGUCCUCCCUCUCCUCCUCUCGGUACUCUUUGUUUGAGGGAGCAGAGCCACUUGCAGUGGUAGUGCAACCAAUGGAGGAGGAAAGCCGCUCAGAAGGAAACGUCGGCCUGCAUAUGUAUGUGAAGUAUUUCAGGGCAGGCGCCAACUUCCUGGUCCUCUUGAUCCUCAUUUUACUCAAUGCCCUAGCACAUAUUACGUUUGUGCUCCAGGACUGGUGGCUUGCUUGCUGGGCCUCUGAACAGAAUCACGUCAAUGUGACAGAGCACCUCAAUGGCAGCAUCCCUCGGCAGCUGGACCUUGACCUGUACCUAGGUGUUUACGCAGGUUUAACAGCCACUUCAGUAGUGUUUGGCUUCCUUCGCAGCUUGGUCUUCUUUAAUGUCCUGGUGAGCUCGGCUCAAACCCUACACAACAGCAUGUUUAAUGCCAUCCUCCGGACCCCGGUACACUUUUUCGAUAUCAGUCCAAUUGGAAGAAUCCUCAACAGGUUUUCAAAGGACAUCGGUUACCUGGACUCUCUGCUCCCAUGGACGUUUGUGGACUUUAUCCAGGUAUUUCUUCAAGUCACUGGAGUGAUUGCAGUAGCUGCCAUCAUCAUACCCUGGAUCCUUAUUCCCGUUGUUCCCCUUGUUGCUGUCUUCCUGUGUCUGCGAUGCUACUUCCUGCAGACCUCCAGGGACAUCAAGCGCCUAGAGUCUACCACUCGGAGUCCCGUAUUCUCCCACCUUUCUUCCUCGCUUCAAGGCCUGAGAACCAUCCGUGCCUUCAAGGUUCAGCAGAGGUUUCAGCAAAUGUUUGAUGAAUAUCAAGACCUUCAUUCAGCGGCCUGGUUCUUAUUCCUGACCACUUCUCGCUGGUUUGCGGUGCGUCUUGAUGGAAUUUGCUCGGUUUUUGUCACCAUUACUGCUUUUGGCUGCCUUUACCUCAGGGAUGGACUUGAGCCAGGUGCAGUGGGUCUGGCUCUAUCUUAUGCUGUGACACUUACAGGCAUGUUCCAGUGGGGCGUCAGACAGAGUGCAGAGAUCGAGAACAUGAUGACAUCAGUGGAGAGAGUGGUUGAGUAUGCAGAGCUGGAGAGUGAAGCACUGUGGGAGACGGACAAACAGCCUCCGCAUGAUUGGCCCAAGACAGGCUCCAUCACCUUCGACAGAGUCAACUUCUCUUACAGUGCCAGUGAGCGUUUGGUCCUAAAGAACCUGACUGUUGUCUUCAAAUCCAGAGAAAAGGUUGGUAUCGUUGGACGUACUGGUGCUGGUAAAAGCUCUCUGAUCUCGGCCUUGUUCCGGCUGGCAGAACCUGAGGGAAGAAUAAUGAUUGAUGGUUUUCUGACUUCGGAGAUUGGUCUGCACACCCUGCGCCAGAAAAUGUCCAUCAUCCCACAGGACCCAGUUCUCUUCACGGGCACCAUGAGGAAGAAUCUGGACCCUUUCAGGCAGCACACAGACGAGGACCUGUGGAAUGCACUCCAAGAGGUGCAGAUGAAGGCCGUGGUGGAGGACCUGCCCAAUAAGCUGGAUACGGUGCUGACUGAGUCAGGCUCUAACUUCAGCGUGGGCCAGAGGCAACUUGUGUGUCUGGCCAGGGCCAUCCUCCGGAAAAACCGCAUCCUUAUCAUUGAUGAGGCCACAGCCAAUGUGGACCCAAGAACUGACAGCCUCAUCCAGCAGACUAUCCGGCACAAGUUUCAAGAGUGUACAGUCCUCACCAUUGCUCACAGGCUCAACACUAUCAUUGACUGUGACAGAAUACUGGUUCUGGCUGCCGGAAGGAUCCAGGAGUAUGAUCAGCCAUAUGUGCUGCUCCAGAACCAGGACGGGCUCUUUUACCAGAUGGUCCAACAGACAGGUAGAGCUGAGGCCGCCUCGCUGCUGCACACAGCCAAACAGGUUUACAUGAACAAAAAGCGAGUGACAGAAGUGCACUGUGCCAAGGACAUCUGUGUCAUCUUUGAGACGUCUCUUUGACAGUUUGGAGAGUCGCUGUGGCCCUCACGUUUGCCAUCACUGACCAAAUCUUUUGCCAGAUAUACUUAGAAUCCUUACUGUGAAUUAAAAUGUCUUUAGAUUCCCAGCAGGCCCCUAGCAUAGUAUGUACUGCCUUGGAUAGUGAUAGUGCUUUGGUCUGGAACAGAAAAGAGGCAAGUAUCUGAGGCAGGAUGUGCCUUUAUUGACAGCAUAUUACUGCAUGGCUGUUUAUUGAUUACACCCUGCUAUGAUUAUGUAUGUGUGUUCCGGCCUCUUGGGUAGCUUCAAUCCUGCACGGGUGCUCAGAUGUGUUAAUCCUGGUGCAAUAAAUUAUUGGUGGCUUAAAUUAUUCUCUUAAGGCAAACAUUGUUUUGUAGGACUGUGGUCUUUUUAUUAUUUGGAAAAUGCUUGAAAAGACAAGGAGAACCUGAGAGCAGACACCAGCGCUUUCAGUAAUUAUUGUGCCUUAAUCAGACUAUUGAUUUAUUUUUUUUUUUUUGUAAUUGCACUGUUUUCAUUGAGUAGUCUUCUAGCACUUUGAUGAUAGUGGUUUUAUGUCUACCUCAGCUCUUGUCAGGAAACAACAGUAAAGUUUAAAUGUAUCAGGCCAUGUACCGGCGGUGACUAACACCAAGAAACAUGGGACAGAAGUUUAAAGUUUAUGGCCUCUGAACAGUGUUUUCCAGUGUAAUAUCAACUUUCUCUCUUUACUGUUUAGAUAAAUGGGCUGUUAUUACUUUGAAAAGUAGCACUUUUUACUUUGGCAAUAAUAUUAAAUUUAGAAUGACUAUUUAUAGCUAUGUAACCAUUUACAGUAUUUUAUAUAUCUUUGUGUAUGGGUUUAUAACAGUUUUGUUAAAGGUAAUA